GACUCUAAAUAUGCUUUUGGUGUACUACAUGCCCACGCAGGUUUAUGAAAACAAAGGGGAUUAUUGACGGCUCAAGGCUCCCCAGUCAAGCACGGGUUACAAAUUCUUCAGCUUUUGGAGGCCGUACAACUCCCCUUAGAGGUCGCAGUAAUGCACUGCAGGGCACACCAGAAAAAGGACCACAGUGUUAACCGAGGCAAUGCCAGGGCGGAUAGAGAAGCCAAGCGAGUUGCCACUUUAAAACCGGGACUAGCCGAGAGUGUCCAGUUUCAUGCCUUGAUUCCAUCGCUAGGGGACCUCCCUACCCCACAGUAUACGAGUGAGGAGUUAAAAUGGGCUGAAUCUCUUGGGCUCCAGAAGAAAAACGGAUGGCUCCAUUCCACAGAGGGAAAGGUCCUGUUACCAAGAUUUGGCCUGCCUCGAUGGAUGGAGUCUGACCAGGGAACACACUUUACCUCAAAAAUUGUCCAGAAUGUCUCGGAUAUCCUCCAGCUCAACUGGAAACUUCACACCCCUUGGAGGCCACAGGCCAGUGGAGUGGUAGAAUGUACUAAUCAGACACUCAAAAGGCAUCUAGCCAAGAUAUGUCAAGAAGCGUCUUUAAAGUGGCCUGAUGCCCUACCUUUGGUUUUACUCCACAUUCGAGCUCUUCCUAAGGGAAGAACUUGUUUAAGCCCCUUUGAGAUUAUGUUUGGAAGGGCAUGGCCUGUGAAUGGUACCCCGAUCCUGCUAGGGGAAUGGGAGGCUGGGUGUGGAUAUUUGUCUCAGUAUAUGUGUUCUCUGUCUGCUGUUUUAUGUUCUUUUUACAGGUACAUUAAGGACUCUCAGCCACUCCCUUUGGAUGCACCUGUCCAUUCCCUACAGCCAGAUGACUUCAUCCUUGUUCGUACCUGGAAGGACGAACCUCUCCAGGAGAAGUGGAAAGGACCCUAUCUUGUUUUACUGGUGUCCCACACAGCAGCUAAAGUAGAGGGACACAAAAGCUGGAUUCACUACUCCCGAUUAAAAGCUGUACCUCCACCGCAGAAUCCAGACCCCGAGCAGUGGAUGGUCCAGCCUACUGGGACCAGAACAUCGGAAGAUUUGUGACUCAAGUUAUUGUUUAAACUCAAAUCACUCUAAUUUGGCCAUGUUUUUAAUACUUGUAUGGGUGUUUACUGUUUCUGGACAAUUGGCCCCUUUAUCUUUCCGCUCCCCAGAAAAUAACUGGUGGGCUCUUUUAGCUGCCACAGCCUCUAAUUCUUCUCACUUUUGUGUAGGGAGCGGUUACACUUUAGGGUCUGUAUUUACUACUUGUUUUGUGGGAGUAGCUAUGCCCUUGCAAGAAAUUCACAAAUAUACUAAACUUGCUGGUUUCAAUAUUAAAUUGACAGCUGGGCAUCUGUCUCAGUUUGGUUCUAUCUCAAAUCCUAAACCCUAUACAAACCAGCAUUGUCUUCAGAUUAGGCUAAUGGCCGUGUCCUCAAAUGUUAUUUCCUGUUUUGCUAUUGUAGGGGCACGGAAGGUUGAUACUAAUUUGACCAACCAUGAGAUGAAUUGUUCUGUUUCCCCAACCCCAACUUCUUAUUUUUAUGCACACUUAUAUCUUCCCCAUGGGUAGUUUUUGCUCUGCAGACUAACCGCAUUUACCUAUGUCCCAGCUAACAGUUCGGGAGGCCCUUGUUCUCUCGGACAAUUAACCAUGGGGGUUGUCCCUGGCCAUGCUCUAGUUUUAAAGACACCUGGACCUAUCCGAGCCCGGAGGGCUCGGCGUGGCCAGCCUCUGGAUAAAACAUGUGAUUCUAAGGUAAACUUGAUGUCUAAAUCUCAGGCCAUAGCCCUUGCUACUUCAUUGGUCAGAGUCCCAGGCCUGGCCUUAGAUGCAGAGCUCCAGCUUGCUAAAGUGGCCUAUGCCCUCGCCAAAUCCAUUAAUCUAACUUCCACUUUAAUCUCUGAUUUGGCCUCGGAACUCACAGGGGUCUGAGAAGGGAUACUCCAAAAAUCGAGCUGCAAUAUAUUACCUCCUCUUAAGGCAUAAUCAUGGCUGU